AUGUAAAUUUGCAAAUGUAAAAGGAAAAUAAAUGUUCGUCUUGGUAAAAUCGAGUAACAUCUUCGAUUCUAAUCGUUCGUUCGUUCGUUCGUUCGUUCAUUCGUUUUUGCUACGAUUCGUCUAAUAUUUUUCUAAUCGUCGUCAACGCAACGUAACGUAAUAUCUCGUGAUCAAGUAGAAAUAAGAAUAAACCGAAUAUCUCACUAUUGGUUCUCCUAGAAACCAAAUCGAUAUUCGUACGAGGCACAGGGGCUCACUUCGUAACAGAUCUGCCAACUUUCAUUGAAGUCGUCAGUCUUGCUUGACACGCGCCGUGAUUUGUGAAUAAUUUCAACGAUUUACAUAUUUUUUUUUCAUCCCUUUUUUAUAAUUUAUUUUUUCUCUCCUCUUACCUCCUCCUUUCAAAAUUUUCCGUCUAAGAUCUAAAUUUUGUCCGAUAAUCAAUCCUCUUUCGAGAGAGAGAGAAAGUAAAAAAAAAAUAUAAAAAAAAAAAAGUAAAAGUAUAAUAGUAAAUAAAUUUAAAUAAAAAUGAAUAAAACAAUUAGCGCGAGGAACAAUUUGUCUCUUAGAAGAAGUGGUGAAACUAUUUACAACUAUACCGAUGAAGAAUAUUUAAGAAAAUCUCGUUUUGAACAGGAGAUCAAGCAACGUUUUAGGAAGUAUUGUUCAAAACAUAUGAAGCUGUUUCCUGAACUCUAUAGAAGCGACGUAUCGAUUCAUCCCAGUUACACAAAGCUCAAAAAUCUACCUUAUCAAGUCGUCUGCCGUCAGCGUUUGCAAAGGAUCAAGAAACAAAUAUCACGUCAACUAAAUCGUGAGAUCAUGCAUUUUGCGAUGAUACAAAUGUUUGCCCUAGAUAGCAUAAGGAUCGAUCGAAUUUUUAGCGUUGGAAUGUCACCGAGGAUCACGAUCGUACCAGAUUUUGCAACUGAAAAGGAACGUCGACGUAUUGACGAGAUAUUACGUUAUUCUUAACUAAAUAAUAAUUAAUAGCAUGCGUGCACGUGUAUGUAUAUGCGUUUAUCGAACAUCUAUCUUUCGUGUCUAUUGUUAUGGAUCAGGUAGACGUACAGAAAGCAAGAAUAAAUGACCUUUAUAAACUGUAAUCGAUUACUCGUUAUUUAAAUUCAAUUAUAUUUAUCAUUAAGCGUACUUUACUCUUUACCUUGAUAAACACGCUGCCGCCUACAUAAUUUUUUUUCUU